CUGGCCCGCCCCCUGCGCCGCCUGCAUUUCCGGCCAGAUGUUGGGAGGCUCUACAUGGCGCUGCUAGGCCGUGUUCUCUUUGCUUGGGGCCGCGGUCCUCGGCGGUUUUUUAGGUAUGGAACAAAAAUAUUAUAUCAAAACAAUGAAGAUUUUCAGUCUAAAUUCUUUCCACCCUUUCAAAAAGUGAUGCUACCACCAAAUAGUUUUCAAGGAAAAGUAGCAUUCAUUACUGGGGGAGGUACUGGCCUUGGUAAAGGAAUGACAACUCAUCUGUCCAUUCUGGGUGCACAGUGUGUGAUAGCCAGCCGAAAAAUUGAUGCUCUGAAAGCAACUGCAGAACAAAUUUCUUCUCAAACUGGAAAUAAGGUUCAUGCAAUUCAGUGUGAUGUGAGGGAUCCUGGUAUGGUGCAAAGCACUGUGUUAGAGCUGAUCAAAGUCAUAGGACAUCCUGAUAUUGUGAUAAACAAUGCAGCAGGGAAUUUUAUUUCUCCCACUGAAAGACUGUCUCCUAAUGCUUGGAAGACCAUAACUGACAUAGUUCUAAAUGGCACAGCCUUUGUGACACUAGAAAUUGGAAAGCAACUAAUCAAAGCACAGAAAGGAGCAUCGUUUCUUGCUAUUACAACCAUCUAUGCUGAGACUGGGUCAGGUUUUGUAGUACCAAGUGCUUCUGCCAAAGCAGGAGUGGAGGCCAUGAGCAAGUCUCUUGCAGCUGAAUGGGGUAAAUAUGGAAUGAGAUUCAACGUGAUUCAACCGGGGCCUAUAAAAACCAAAGGUGCCUUUAGCCGUCUUGACCCAACUGGAGCUUUUGAGAAAGAAAUUAUUGACAGAAUUCCCUGUGGUCGGCUAGGAACUGUGGAAGAACUUGCAAAUCUUGCUGCUUUCCUUUGCAGUGAUUAUGCUUCUUGGAUUAAUGGAGCUGUAAUUAGAUUUGAUGGUGGAGAGGAAGUACUUAUUUCAGGGGAAUUCAACAGUCUGAGGAAGGUAAUGCCAUUCUGUCACCAGGGAGCAGUGGGACACAAUAGAAGGACUCAUCAGGAAGACGAAAGGCUCCUAAGACUACUCUGGCCUUCAUCUUGGUUAUAAUGGAAAUUAUACAAACUGUGUAUAAUCUUUUGAAUAUUUUCAAGUCUAAUAAAUUGUUACUUAGCAAACAUUGAGCUUGUAUUAUGUGCUAGGCCAAUGGUAGGUAGAUCUUGUAUAUUAAAAUAUAAAUAAGAUGGGCUAUUGUCCCUGUAAAGAAUUUUUUAAAAAUAAAAAGAGGAAAGUGAGUGAAGGCUUUUGAUAGAGGUGAAACGAGACUGGAAGUGCAGAGAAAGGAACAGAUAUUUGUAACCUGGAAAAAUCAGGAGAAACUUAAUGGUGAAAGUAGUAUUUGAAUUAUAUAUUAAAACCAUGUCUUUGGUGAUGGUGCCUAAAAGAAAGUAGAGGAUUUACGGUAAAUCUAAUGGACUGUCUUUUCAGUGUAUUUCCUUUUCAUUGGCCUUAUGAAUUGUCUUCUUUAGAUAGCUCAGUAUUAAUUCAAAUAAGUUUUUGCCUAUUUUGUAGCCAGACAUUUUAUUUGGUACUGAGAAUAAAACAUGAAUAAUCUACA